AGAAAUUAGAAUCUAAGAUUAAAUCACAAAAACAAAUUAUUGACAGAUUAACACCAAUUUCUAAACUUUAUGAUGAAUGUAAAAAAGAAGUAGCAGAAAAAUCCAACAGCUUAGAAUCUUCUGAAGUUCAAUUAAAACAACUUAAGUCUAGGCUAUUUGAAAAGGAUGAAAAUAUCAGGAGACUUAAUGCAAAUAUCGAAAAGACUACAGAGCAACAGCAAACACUGAUUGAUACAUUGAAUAAGACUUUACCCAAUACUAUUAUCCCAUCAAGUUGCUCUCCUUUUGGAGAUUAUCCUGGUGUUCGUGAAAUAAGAGUUUCUGAAGUUGGUUUAUUCGAUGUUUUAUGCGAUAGUCAGUUAGCUGGACCUGGAUGGAUUGUAAUACAACAGCGAGUUGGGGGAAAUGAGAGUUUCAAUAGGGAUUGGGCAACGUAUCGCAAAGGUUUCGGUGCAAUGGAUAGCGAUUUCUUCCUUGGACUCGAGAAAAUACAUCGUAUCACGAGUUUGCAGCGAUUCGAACUUUAUUUACAUUUGGUUGCUAUGAAUGGAAGUGUCUUUAACGCUCGUUAUGACGACUUCAAAAUAUCCGAUGAAGACAAUGGAUACGCACUGAGUUUGGGUAAAUUCAGUGGAACUAUUUUUGGGGAUGCGAUGGAAUACGCUGAAAACAUUAAAUUCACAACAUUCGAUCGCGACAACAAUGAGCUUACAAUGCGCAACUGUGCGCACUCUUUCAAAAGUGGCUGGUGGUACAAGAGAUGUUCUAAUUGUAAUUUAAAUGCACCAUAUGGACGAGAUCUAAAUUGGUGGGGAAGUAAACAAAAAGAAACUAAGAUGCUAAUUCGCCCCAAAAAAAGCAAUGAAGAAGUGAGCAACUGAAGAGCUGAAAUUUUAAUAUUUGACUCAAUUAUAUAAUCAUUUAUAUAUAAUUGGUGCAUUAAGAAAUUACGUUCUGAAUAAUAAAAC